AUGCUGGAUCCCACUUGUACAUACGUUUUCACUAUCACUUCUGAAUGUACAGACCUUCUGCAAGCGGGGCCGGGAUCCCCGCAGCAUCUCACAGCAGCCCUGCCGGAGCACGAACCCUGCUCGCGCCGGCGCGGACGGGGAAGGAGGGAUGUGGCGACGUGGCCCCGCCUUCGCGCAAGGCACGCCGGGAACUGUAGUGCGGGCGGUGUCGGAGCGGCGGCCGCCAUGGCUAGCGGAACGGGGGUGGUGCUGCCCCCGCUGCUGUUGUUGCUGGCGGCGGCCGCCCGCCGUGCCGCCACUUGGGAUGUAUGGGCACUGCGCUGCGGCUUCUCAGCGGACUGCGAGUGCAGCUUCGGACCUGAUCUUCGCGGUCUGGAGUGUUACUUGGCCACGAAGCUGGUGGGACAGCCCCUGGUGAGGCAGCAGGUGAUGAAGGGAGUGAGCGAGUUCGUGGAGAAACGGAAUCCAGAGAAACCCCUCGUGAUGUCUUUCCAUGGCUCAACUGGAACAGGCAAAACCUAUGUGAGCUCCAUGCUCAUCCAUUACCUUUUCCAAGGUGGACUCCAGAACCCCUAUGUUCAUCAGUUCUCACCAAUAGUGCACUUCCCCCAUGCUGAGCAGAUAGAGCAGUACAAGGCAAGUCUGAAGAGCUGGAUCCAAGGGAACUUGACCAAGUGUGGACGGUCAGCCUUUCUCUUUGAUGAAAUGGACAAGAUGCACCCUGGGCUGAUUGAUGUGAUCAUACCAUUCCUGGGACCCUCGUGGAUUGUGUAUGGGACGAACUACCGCAAAGCAAUCUUCAUCUUCAUAAGCAACGCAGGAGGGGAGCAGAUCAACAAAAUGACGCUGGGUCUCCAGCAUGCCCACAAGGACCGAGAGGAGAUCAGCCUGCAGGACCUGGAGCCAGCCAUCUCUAAAGCCGUGUUUGAAAACCCUCAGAGUGGAUUCUGGAAAUCUGGGAUCAUUAAUGAACAUCUCAUUGAUUUUGUUGUGCCCUUCCUCCCACUGAAGCGUCACCACGUAAAGCAGUGCGUUGUCAGUGAACUUGUCCAGCAAGGCCUUGAAGUACGCACAGGUGUUGUCGAGGAGGUGGCUGACAGCAUUCCCUACUUUCCAGAAGAACAGAAAAUAUUCUCAUCAACAGGCUGCAAAACAGUGGCAUCUCGGAUCAGUUUUUUCUUCUAGUCAUU